UUUUUUUUUAUUUUUUUAUUUUUCAUUUCCAAGCUUCUUAAUUUCUCCCUUGUCAUCAAAUUUCUCUUAAACCCAACUUCAAAACCCUAAAAUCCAUUUUUUAGCUCUUUGUUGCAUGUUUUUCUUUAAUUUUUAGCCUUUCCCCCCUUUUUUGGGUGUUAACUAUAGAUGUUAGAGCCAUGGAUAUAGCCCUUGCAAACCCCACACCAAAGUCGCCGGAGGCAUCGCCGGAGAUCGAGCCGGUGAGUGAAACGCCAACUCGGAACCAACCCGGCAAGCCCAUAUCUUUCACCAACGGCGUUCUGAAGCGUCACAAGCCUCAGCACCACCGCCUCCACCAAGCGCCACCCAUCGUCUUAACCUACAAAGAAUGUCUGAAAAACCAUGCAGCCUCCUUAGGCGGCCACGCUUUAGACGGUUGCGGUGAAUUCAUGCCUUCCCCAUCAACCACCCCAACUGACCCUACUUCACUCAAAUGCGCCGCUUGUGGCUGCCACCGCAAUUUCCACCGACGUGAACCCGAUGACCUACCCCCCACAACAGCCACCGCCAUGAUAGAAUACCAACCCCAACAACGCCACCAUCCGCCACCACCGGCAAACCAACCGAAUCGUAGUCCUAACUCAGCUUCCCCACCGCCGAUCUCAUCAUCUUACUACCCUUCAGCACACCACAUGCUUUUGGCUCUCUCGGGAGGCCUAACAAACUCUCAUUUACCAGCUGGUGGCCUUACUGCAAAUCUUGGGUCGAACUCGAAGAAAAGGUUCAGAACAAAGUUCACUCAGUAUCAGAAGGAGAAGAUGCUGGAGUUUGCUGAGAAAAUUGGGUGGAAAAUCCAGAAGAGAGAUGAAGAAGACAUUCAAGACUUCUGCCAUGAAGUUGGGGUUGAUAGAGGGGUUUUAAAAGUCUGGAUGCAUAACAAUAAGAACACUUUUGGGAAGAAAGAUCAAGCCAAUGGAGGAUCAAGAGAUGGAAUAAUUGGAGGUGUUGGACUCAACCAUGAAGAACACCAACAUAACAACAGCAGCAGCAGCAACAACAACAGCGACAUCAGAACUGGUUAGAAUCUGAACCAUCACUUGGAAACUGAUAGUGUUGCACAUGUCGGAACUAAUGGCUGCUCUUCUUCCUCUUGAUGUGGUUGAUGGUGAUGGUGAUCAGCUUCAUCUUUCUUUCUUUCUUUUCCUUUUUCCUCAUGGGGAGAUAAUAAGCUGUUAGAUUAGAGUAAGGGACUUGUUUAUUAGUUUAAAUUUUGUUUCUUUCAUUUUGGUUCCCAAUUAGUUUAAUUGAAAGAUCAUCACUUUGCUACUGAUAUAACCUGCUGGGAACUGAGAGCUGCUAUGAAUCCAAAAGGGAAUUUAUUUUCUUUCUUCUUUCAAAU